AUGGGAAUAAAAGAAGCUAAUAUAUAUUUAGAUAACCAGUUUAACGCUUAUUAUGCUGGCCAAACAGUUAAUGGAAGAAUAGAAUAUGUUUUCGACAGUCCUAAAAAAGUUCGAGGCAUUCACGUUAAAAUCAAGGGAGAAGCGCAUACAGAAUGGGCGGAAAGUACACAAAAAGAAGAUUCACAGGGCAAAACUGAAUCUACAGACACAUUACAUACAGGACAUGAAGAGUACUUCCAGGUGUCGUACUACCUAUUGGGAAGCAAUACAGGCAAUGAGAUCGAGAUCCCUGCUGGUAAACAUGUUUACAACUUCACCUGUGCCCUGCCUCCAGUACUGCCAUCAUCCUUCGAAGGCCAGCAUGGCCAUAUUAGGUACACUGUGAAAGUAGUCAUUGACAGGCCAUGGAAGUUUGAUCAGGAGACCAAGAUGGCCUUCACUGUUAUUAAUGCAUUUGAUCUGAAUCUCAAUCCUUCAUAUAAGGAACCAAUACACAUUCAAAUGGAGAAAACAUUCUGUUGCUUUUGCUGCGCAUCUCCACCAUUGUCGAUUGAUGUUCGAGCUCCCGUGUCUGGAUAUUGCCCUGGACAAGUAAUACCCAUUAAAGUUGAUGUGGAAAAUAAGAGCAAUGUUCAAGUGCAUCUUGUGAAAAUAUUUAUAAGAAAGGUGGUGACGUAUAGAGCAACAUCACCAAGCAAUGCUACAAAAAAGACUAAGGACAUAGUGUUAACUAUACAAGAAGGUCCCGCACCAGCUGGUAGCACUAAAACUUGGAACUUGACUCUCGAGGUGCCACCAAUUCCGCCAUCAGAUCUCGUCAAUUGUAACAUCAUCGAUUUGGAUUAUGAUUUCAAGGUUGAAUGUACGGUAUCUGGCUUGCACCUGGGCUUGAGCGGUAAGAAAUACAUAGCGAUCGGUACCGUGCCUCUGGUGGGUAUGGCUGGUCAGGCGCUUCCAUCGGCUCCAGCGAGCCCUGGCAACGAACAGUACUCUCCGAGUCAGCCUGCCGUGUUGCCAGUGGGCCCGGGACAACCUGCUCAACCUAAUGUGCCGAGUGACCCAUCUGCACCGGGAGGAUGGGUAAUGCCUGGUGCGGCGCCUGUUCAACCGCCGUUCCAAACGUUGUACCCAACUCUUACUGAACCAGUUUACAAGGAAUCUCCAUAUACAGCUCGCACUAUUCAAGAGAGGGGAGAGUCAAACCAUGUAGUGAUAAGAGGACCAAACUUCGCUCCGUACUACCCAACAUACGCAGCCGUCCAACCGCCUCCGUUACCUCAGUAG